CCUUGGCUGGGCCUGGGUCUCCUCCAGCUAGUGUCCAGGCCAGCACUGUCUGAGAAGGGAGUGGACCAAGAGAGAGGGAGUGUGUGUGGGGUGGCAGGAUGCCAGAUUCGAUCAAGAUCAGGUUGGGGCAGGUUCUGUUUCCAAAAAAAUGACAAGUUGGGGGUCAGGAGAGCCUCUGAAGCCCUACCCUGGGUGUCUUGGCCACUUUACUCCCUUCUGGGUCUUUCUGCCACCUGGUCUGAAUCCUUCCUGAUGGAGAGGGUCUUCAAUUGCCUCCAUCCUGCCACGGGUCUACAAAGAGCCAGCUUGUGUGACACAGCUCUCAGCCUGGCCAGAGACACAUCUAUCACCCUAUGAGAGUCCCUGGUCCGAGGGACGAAACGUUCCUGCCUAAGAGAGUUUCCCUUUAGAUGGCAGAGACUCUGACUUAGAUAGACUAGAGUUGGCAAAAGGUUCAGCCCCUUCACGGAGCCUCAGACUUCUGGGCUGUUCUCAUGGCUACUGUCAAGCAAUCCUGGGAGCCCCUGGACACAUUUGUGCUCUACAUUCCUGGCACUGAGAGGAGUCAAAUCGACACCCUAGCCACCCUGCCAUCUCUUCCUGUGCCCCUCUCUGCCUCCCAUGGACACUCACGUAGGGAGGCUUACCCCGAGAGGUGUGUCCUUAGGACACAAGGUUCUGCUUCAGGUGAACUCCCAGACCACAGGGGAGGUUUAACAUCCGAUUACAGUGUAAAGUGGCAGUGUGGACGUCAUCCUUAGGGAGCACACUUCCAGGGCGGGAUGCAGGCACUGACCUGCCAUUCCUAGAGGGGCUUGGUGAAGCAGACGCGGGCCCUGUAGACUGGACUUGAGGCCGCAAGUGCCUUGGUGGUGUUCUUUUGUGUCUCUAGGUCCAAGAUGUCCAGUCCCCUGGAAGAGGCUAUGGAUGUGGUUGUCAACACCUUCUGCAAGUACUCCCGUCAAGAGGGUGACAAGCACAAACUCAGCAAGGGGGAGAUGAAGGGACUUUUGCAGAAAGAACUGGCGAGCAUGAUUGGAGAGAAGGCAGAUGAGGAGGGGCUAAAGAAGUUGAUGGAUGAGCUUGAUGAGAACAGUGACCAGCAGGUGGACUUCCAGGAGUACUCUGUGUUUCUGGCAGCUGUCCUUAUGGUGCGGGAAGACCUCUUCCAGGGGUCCCCAGACCGGCCCGAGUCUCCUGGACCGAUAAGCUCUCUGUCUUUUUGAACUUGUGCUAAAUAAACUUUUGUUUGUUCGUUUGUAGA